AUGAAGUAAAUUUUUUUGCUUUUUCUUAUAUUAGCUGUAACUUCAGCAUACAACAAACUGGAACUACCAUAUUAAGCUCAUAGUAUGAAUGAUCUAGACCUCACUUUAUAAGAACUUAUAAAAGGUGUAAAUAAUUUCAAAUUUGAUGUGUCUGUAGCUACAUAAGAAAGCUGCGAAAAUCACUCUACUUGGAAUAAAAACUAUUAGUAAUGCGGUUAUUAUGGAGGAUUUGGCAUGAAAACUUGCUGUUUAGCAUUAAGAGGUGACUGUAGUUAACAACCUGUCUUUAACUAUAGCUUUAACACUACUACUGACAUGGUAUCUAUGAUAUCAAAUCCUAAAUACGCCUUUAUUUUUAGUAAAAAUACAACAACAAAAAAGUAUCAAUAAACAAAGUACUUUGCUUUUAACUUUUAAUACAGCUACGACUAAGAUUAAAUGACUAUAGAUUUCAUCUAUGGUUUCUUAAAAGCUAUACAAGACUAUGAUCUCAAUUUGAGAAUGGUAACUGGGUCAGGUUGGUUAAUCAAUUACUUUGAUAAUAAAUGUAUCGUCUAACAAAACUGUACUGAAAAAGAACAAUUUAUUUCUUAAUCAGAUAUAAUAUUGUAAAGUCCUUAUAGCGGGCCAAGAGAAAGAACUAUUUAGUUUAACCAAGAAACUACUGUCUUGCCUGAAGUAUGCUCCUCAGGUUUCCCAAGUUAUAUGAAAAAUAACUCUAUUCCUUUCUAAUUCUGGGAACCUUCUUAUUAAGACUCAAUUUAUGACGUUUAUGACUAAUUCUGGAGUCAGAGAUGCCUUAAAUUAGGAAUUAAAGAUCCAGUAUAAAGAUUCAAGAUAACAUCUAAUUUAAACAGUGAAAAUUAUGCUACUUUCUUACAAAGAACUAAUACUACUUCUGAUUCUACAUACGUUCCUCCUAAAUAUCGUUUCUAAAAUUAAAGUAGUAGUUUAAUAGAAUACAAUAAUUAACAUGGAAUAACAUUUUUGAGUAAAAAAAAUGAAAUUACAAAUAUUUAUGAAAUUAGCAUUUACGAUAAUGUUUCUUUUGACAAAAGUAUCGACUCAAUAUAAUUUGACUAAGCUAUAACUAAAUUAUCUUCAAAGGGAUCAUAUUUACAAGUUGAAACAGAUUAAUAAAUAAGCGUUUAUAAUAUAUAAUAAAAUAAAUAAUUAAAACUAGUUAAGACCAUUUCAAAACUAGAAAGCACCUAUAUCUGUAGUGACAUUUUAUUAAUUAAUGAAAAGGAUCCUUAUGUUUCAAUUUCUUACCUUACCUCAAGUUCAUUACUUAAAGUGAAAAUCGUUAGUGUUGAUAACGGUUAGACUCUUUUAGAAAUUGAGUAAUAAGUGAAUAAUGUUUAACCAUAAGGUUUUAAUUAUGUCUCAAGUAUUUUCUAUGAAGGAAAAGUAAUAUAAAUCUACACUUAUGAAUCAGUUAAUCCAUCAAAUAAUGUAAAUGAGAUAUCAUUUUUCUACCAUACUAUUGAAUUGAAAUCUCAAAAAUCUGUAAUUUUACAACCUUAAUCUCCUUAAAAUUUUGGUUCUAACUCAUCCUUAAAGAUUGAAAAUUACAAUGGAAAUUUAUACUUCAUUUAGGUAAGCGCUAACGGCUCAGCUUGGAGUGGAGUUUUUAUAAACAAUGGUGACUGGGCAAAAUGUGAUCUAUAUAAACUAGAUAAAUUUGUUAACUUAAGAAAUAUUCCUCACACAAUUACAUACAUGUGGGGUAGAGUUGAGGAUCUAGUAGAAAGAAUACAAUCAUCAACAUUUAUAAAUAGCUGUGAUAAAAAAAUUAUUUCAUCAAAGAUAUAUAACGGUGGAAAUCCAUAAAUUACAGUGAGAAGGGAUUCAUAAAAUAAGCCAACUGCUUAUGUCAGUUUGGAUUAUACUCGCUAUGAUGAAUUACCUCUCCUUACUACUCUAUUUUUAGGAUCAAAUAGUUAUGAACCUGAAUUUGCAGAUGAUGUAGAUCUAAAAAUGAUAGAAGUGAUUUCUUUUGACUUAUUAGAAUAUGAAAUAUUUAAUAUAGCCUAUUGA